CAUGGCGGCUCAGCUGGGCCGAGGCGCGCCGGAGGAGGCGGAGGCUGCUGCUGCUGCGGAGAGGGCCGGUCGGGACUGCUGGCAGGCGCCUGCUGACGAGGCGGACGCUGCCCCGAGAGCGCGCAGGAGGCGCACGGCGUACCCCGAGAGCGCAGCCGCCGCCGCCGCCGCCGCCGCCAAAUGCUGUGCUUGGUGAUCGCCGCGAUGAAAGCUCAAAUUGAAAUUAUUCCAUGCAAGAUCUGCGGAGACAAAUCAUCAGGAAUCCAUUAUGGUGUCAUUACCUGUGAAGGCUGUAAGGGCUUUUUCAGGAGGAGUCAGCAAAGUAACGCCACAUAUUCCUGUCCCCGACAGAAGAACUGUUUAAUUGAUCGAACCAGUAGAAACCGUUGCCAACACUGUCGUUUACAGAAAUGCCUUGCUGUGGGGAUGUCUCGAGAUGGUGAGCUUUGCUAGUUCAGCUGUAAAGUUUGGUCGAAUGUCAAAAAAGCAGAGGGACAGCUUGUAUGCAGAAGUGCAGAAACACCGGAUGCAGCAACAACAGCGAGAUCACCAGCAGCAACCCGGAGAGGCAGAGCCAUUGACGCCAACAUACAAUAUCACUCCCAAUGGGCUCACAGAACUGCACGAUGACCUCAGUAAUUACAUUGAUGGGCAUACCCCUGAAGGUAGCAAAGCAGACUCUGCCGUUAGCAGCUUCUACUUAGACAUACAGCCUUCUCCAGAUCAGUCGGGGCUUGAUAUUAAUGGAAUCAAACCAGAACCGAUAUGCGACUACACACCUGCAUCGGGCUUCUUUCCUUAUUGCUCUUUUACAAAUGGAGAGACUUCUCCUACUGUGUCCAUGGCAGAAUUAGAACAUCUCGCACAGAACAUUUCCAAAUCGCACAUGGAAACUUGCCAGUACUUGAGGGAGGAGUUGCAGCAAAUAACAUGGCAAACUUUUCUACAGGAAGAAAUCGAGAACUACCAGAGCAAGCAAAGGGAGGUAAUGUGGCAAUUGUGUGCCGUGAAAAUAACAGAAGCAAUACAGUACGUGGUGGAGUUUGCCAAACGCAUUGAUGGCUUUAUGGAACUGUGUCAAAAUGAUCAAAUUGUGCUUUUAAAAGCAGGGUCUUUAGAGGUUGUGUUUAUCAGAAUGUGCCGUGCCUUUGACUCCCAGAACAACGCAGUGUACUUCGAUGGCAAAUAUGCUAGCCCCGAUGUAUUCAAGUCAUUAGGGUGUGAAGAUUUCAUUAGUUUUGUUUUUGAAUUUGGAAAAAGCUUAUGUUCUAUGCACCUUACUGAAGAUGAGAUUGCAUUAUUUUCAGCUUUUGUUUUACUCUCUGCAGACCGAUCAUGGCUUCAGGAGAAAGUAAAAAUAGAAAAGCUCCAACAGAAGAUUCAGUUAGCACUUCAACAUGUAUUACAGAAGAACCACCGAGAAGAUGGAAUCUUAACAAAGCUAAUAUGCAAAGUGUCUACUUUAAGAGCACUGUGCGGGCGACAUACAGAAAAGCUUAUGGCGUUUAGAGCAAUAUACCCAGACAUUGUGCGACUUCAUUUUCCUCCAUUGUACAAGGAGUUGUUCACUUCAGAAUUUGAGCCAGCAAUGCAAAUGGAUGGGUAAACGUAUCACCUAAGCACUUCUAGAAUGUCUGAAGUACAAACUUUAAAAAAGAAAAGGAAAAAAAGAUAAUAGAAACCAAGACACUUUAUAUGGUCCUGCAUAGACCUAGGGAGCCAACACACUGCACAUCUUCUGGCGAAUGGGGUCAGGCAGAAAAAAUGGGGGAAAUGACACAAAAGUUGAACUUGUUGUUCUCACACAAAUGAUUUCCAUGAUCCCUACCGAUACGGACCCUUUUUUUGUCUUGACUUCUGUCUUUGACCUCUGUUUAUGCAGAAUGAGGGUACUAAAAAUCAGGAGGUUUCCUUUUCCUUGAAACUCACUGCCCACAGACUUUUACAGAACGACGUUUUGUUAGUAAGAACAGAAUCUCCAGCUAGAAACCAGCGACUGGUGUGCAUUGCAGAGGCUUCAGCAUCAGUUUGCACAACUUGCUCAUUGUUUCAUGAAGGACGAUUUCUUUUCACCCUACCGUUGAUUGCCAGUAGGCGGAAUGGCAUGAAAAGGGUCCAUAGCAAUAGUGACAAUAGCAUUAUAAUCUAUUACAGGGUAAAUGGGCACGAAGUCUAUAUAUAGCAAAAGAGAUAUUGUUUAUAAUAUUGUUUUAAUUAAUAUAAAAUGUAGUUACUGGUAUAGCUUUUAUUGUUGAAUUGAUAAGGCACUUUCAUUUUGCACCUUUUUUCUUUUAAAUUAUAUGCUAGCGUGUUCAUUGUUGUGCUGCAUGUGCACCAGAACUUCAAGUUUAACUGUGGGAGGUUUGAAAGGUAUAGGGACACUGCAAGGUGUUUAUGCUGCUGUUUUCCACAUUUACUUUUCAAGAGAGGCCGGUCAUAUCAUGAAAUACCUUCAGUGAUUUUGUGUAAUGGGACGAGGAGGGAGGGGGGAAGACAAGUUUCUAAACUGCUAGUUUUAGCUUGUGUUUUUUUUAAAGACAUUUUAAUAUAUAAACAAAACAAUCCCUUUUCUUAAAAAGAUUGCUGACAUAGGGAUAGAGAAAAUCUAUAUUUAAUCACUUUAAAGGUGCUAUUGAAAAAUUUGAAAAGUCAGCCGAUUCUUUAAAUGACUAAAUAUGGAUUCAGAAAACCAAAUUUAGAUACAUAUCUUUUGGAAAUAUUGGUCCUAAUACUUUUGUUUACAUUUAGUGUGUGUGAGUGAGUGUGUGUGUGUGUGUGUGUGUCCAGCAAGUGCACGUGCACCAUUAGUCAUCUGUUGAGACAGAAUAGGGUACAAUCCAUCACGAAGUUCUUUUUGUGGUCCUGAUUGAAAUGAAUGGGAGAUAACCAAAUUGUAAUAGUGUUUCCUGGUGGAUUGUCUCCCUUGGCUUAAAUCCAGUAUAUAGUUAAGAGUGCCCAAAUCUCUUUAGUAUUUAAGACUAAAUAGCUGUUUCCUGGAUUGUGGCACUGUUGUUUAUUUUAUUUAGUAAAGAGUGGGUUUACAUGUGGCUACUUACUCCAUAAACUAAACAGUGCAAUUUAAGCAGGUUCCUACACCUACAGAAAAAAAACCUAAAGCUUGAUUCCAACUGAGUGCUGCACUUUUUAGCCGCAGAGGAAUGCUCAAUAAGCUGUCCAGGAUGCCCAAUUAUGUGAAUAGUGGAUUAUGAAAUCAAAUGAAGUAUCUGACUCUAAAAUGACCCUUUCAAUCUUCUCUUAUUUUCCCACCUUCCAAGGAAUAAGACAGGCCCACAUACAUUAAAUAAACAAUAACAUUGCCACCAAUAAGGCACACCAUAUUGAUUGGGCCCAAUUUAACUACAAACAGCAAAAACCCUCAUUUCAUUGGCGUAGUUAAAAUGGAUGCCAACCACGUGGCUGCUAUGUUACACAGAUGGCUUUCCACACAGAAAAAUCUCAGCAGAGUUUGCUUUCUUAGUAGCAAAUUGAUCAUAAAACAUGACUUUGAAUUAGGCCACAUCCUACCACAAUGUAUACAUGUGAUACUGAAUUUUCCAAGUGUUACCGGUAAUGUCUGUAGCAGACACAUUUCAGUGUUGUUUCAAAUGUGGUUUCCAGUAUAAGUGAACCACACACCUUUUGAGAAAUCUUGUUGUUACUGAAGAGAAAAUUAAAAGGACAUACAUAUUUAUUAGGGCUAGGGAGUGCUUCUCUCCACCUGAUUUCUCUGGAGCAUACUGGGGCUUCAUUCAAAAUGUAGCAGUUAUGUACAAACCUAAACAUUUUAGAACCCGAGUUCUAAUUUGAGUUAUUAUUUUAGGAAUUAUUUACAUACCAUCUGGAGUAUUUUAUUCAGCCUUAAACAGUCUUAGGUCACUGUGUUUUUGUGAUGAAUCCUAAAUCCUACUCAGCUAGAAGUGGCAACCGUGCUAUUUUUUUAUCUGUUGACAAGUCAAGAACUCGGUUAUUCCAAAGUACACUUCUAACCCUCAUUCCACCAACACCCUUGAUUGAGCAAAUGCAUCAAAGAGUAAAAGAUUCUUCUCAGGAUAACUUGUAAAGCAAGGGAGUUCUUCAAACUACACCUAACUUAUUCAAAUUACUCUUUGUAAAAUAGAUUUUAUAAUAUAGCAAUAUUUAGCAUCCUGAUGAUUUAAAUUUAAAGCAUACAGACGGAUGUAAUCUUCUUGUCUCAGUGCCUGAAAGUUUCCAUCAAAAGACCAACCAUCCAGCUGUCUAAACAUGGAUUUUUCAGGCUCCUAAAGAAAAUAUCAAAAAAAAAAAAUCAUCUUAUAUUGGAUAUUAUGAUUAUUUAAGUAUUUUUUUAUUUCAAAAUGACCUAUUGCAAGGUAUGAAAAAAAUUAUUUACUUGUUGGGGUACUCUUGCAUUCUAGCAUACAGUGUAGUAGUAAUUCAUGUGUUCAAGAUAAUACAAAAUUCCUAUUAAGGAAGGUGCAUGAGGGACUAUGCCGUUGGACCUGUUUGUUUUGAGCCCCAAAGUCUUCAUUUAAUGUAGUAUAAACAGCUGAAAAUUCUCAUAUUUGAGGGUUCCUACAUGUCCAGUGCAAACCGUAAGAUUAAAUUGUCUAUAGGCAUUAGAACUGUAAACCCAGUUCAGUCAGACAGGAAACAAACUUAUAGCUGCAGAAUCUUUCAUCUCUAUCACUCCCAGGGCAGCUGGUAGUUUGUUAGCAGGGAAAUCGAGGCCUACUGGUAAUUAGUUCUGAAAGGAUCUAAUGUGCAAACCAAAGUGAACAUGCAAGCCUUUUACAACCAUUUUGGGCUUGCAGAGCAGAUCCCUAUGCUCCUGAGGCACUUAGGUUGGGAAUGUAUAAAUUGGAAAUUCAAAUACUGUCCUCUUGCCAUUUACCCUUUCUAGUGACCACAGAUACAGUGGUACCUCGGUUUAAGAACAGUCCGGUUUAAGAAUGAUUUGGUUUACAAACUCUGCAAAACUGGAAAUAGUGUCUUGGUUUGAGAACUUUACCUCGGUCUAUGAACAGAAUCCGAACGGUGGAAGGGCACCGGCGGCGGGAGGCCUCAUUAGGGAAAACACACCUUGGUAUAAGAACGGACUUCCAGAAUGGAUUAAGUUCCUAAGCCGAGGUACCACUGUACUUGGUAAGAAGACAUCUACGAUAGUUUCAACAAACACAGGAAGUGCCAUGACUGGCUCAGAUAUGUUCUUGGCACUCUGCACAUAUAGAAGCAUACCCAUUCCUUUCUAUAAGCAACCCAUGCCAAGAGAUAGCAUAUAGAUUCCCAGAAAAGCCUGAGAAACCCCUGAUCACAAUAAACUUUAAUUGCAUCCAGUGAAUGGAAUUUUGAAAAAGCCCCAAUCUUCAGUUUUCCUCUACCCCAGUACAGGGGAGCUGUUUCUAAAGAAUGAAAAUCCUGCUAGCUACAUGGACAGAAUUUUGCCAUUCUCAUAAAUUUUGUUUAUUUUAUUGGAGUAACUGGUAGUAAAUGUUGAUUCUGUUCUUUUUUAUAGAUGCAGUCCAAGCUUAAAUCCAGGCUGUUAGCAAAUUAGAGGGUUUUUUUAAUGUGACCACCCUCAAAUGCUAAUUCAGUUUUAAAGUUCAGCUAAAUUAAAACUCCAGUAUCUACCAGCCACCACCUGCUUUAGGCCUGCCAUUUACUACAGACAAAAUGUAUCAAGUUGAUUCAAAUGGAAAAUGAACAGUAUUCACUUGUGGCAGUAAAAGGGAUACUUAUAUUUUGGUAUUUGGUAUUGACUCUCAGUCAUGGCCUUUGUUAUUGUUAGUAAAUAUUUUACAUUUAUCUGCUCACACAAAAUAUCUUCAGAUAUUGAAUUGGUCCUUACUUGUAGGCAAUGCCAUAUCAUUCCCAAUCUUAUCCCUAAAAGCAGACACCAGAUUCACUCCUGUCUUGAAAGCCAAGCACUUUAGGUCUACACAUUAGACACACCGUUAUCACUUAUAGCUUCUUCCAAAAUCCAUUAAUUGGUGCAUAAACUAGCCCAUGUUUUCUUCAUCUCAAUUAACAGCAAAUUAUGCUUUGAAAAAGGGUAAAAUGGUGGGAACUGUUGCUGAUGCCUUUUUAAGAGAGGACACGCCGAAGAACUCAAGCUGUAGCUGAAAGUAUGCAGAUGCCAGUAUUAGAGCAGGGACAAAACCUAUCUGGGAAAAGAAGCUGAGAAAAGGACUAAAAUCUGAAUAUGACGGGGUAGUAUAAUCCAUUAGAAAACUUGCAGGCUGUAGACUAAAUUCAAAUGUAUAGUUUGUGAAUCUUUUGGGACUGCACUAUAUAAUUUGAUGAAGUUAUAUAAAAUAGCUACAGGUAUUAGAAUCAAUCACUCCAGAGAGCUGUUAGUUAAAAAUUGUAUUGGAUUUUCAUCUUCAAUCCCAUUUUGCUGGACAUCUGGUACAGUUGGAAUAUUUCAAGGUAGAAUUUAUUUCUAAAAUAAAUGUCUAGUCUUAGACCAGGCAUCCCCAAACUGCGGCCCUCCAGAUGUUUUGGCCUACAACUCCCAUGAUCCCUAGCUAACAGGACCAGUGGUCGGGGAAGAUGGGAAUUGGCAGUCCGAAACAUCUGGAGGGCCAGAAGUUUGGGGAUGCCUGUCUUAGACCAUGGUGAUAUACUUUUGCAUCUCUAGGAUUUUCAUACUGCUUUUAAACUAUGAAAUGACAUGAUGCGAGAUACAGUUUUAAGUUUGGUUGUUCUUUUUUGGAGCUUUUAGACUAUCACCAUCAUCAUAUGGCUAUCAAGGUAUGAAUGUGUGUACCAUUGUAUGUGUGUGGUUGCUUUUGGCCAUUAAGUGUCCAUAGAAUAAAGAAAAUGUGUUGAAGAUAUUUAAGUCAAAAAUAGAAGGUGGAAAAAAAUAUUCUAUAUAAAGCCUUGUCUGGACCACUUAGAGAAACUUCUAUUUUUUUAACCCUUCUAUAAAUAUUUGAUGGCACUUGAAAUAUUCCUGCAAUAAAAUGUGAUUUGUGUAAAGAUUAACAAACAAAAAGAUUUUGUAAUGUGAAACAAUGAAAGAAAGCAAUGUAAUUUUUCAGAAAAAGAAAAAGAAAAAACAAACAAACCAACUUUGUAUUAUUUUUGUUGAUGGAAUCUGUCUACUUGUCUUUGGAAAAGUUUUUAUUUCAUUGAAUGUGCCAUAGUAGAGAUGUGGGUUGUGGUUUUUUGUUUUUAAGUUUUUGGUGACAGGAAAGCUAUUUGUGUUACCGACAUUCCAUAAUGUGUGAGGACAUAGCAUAAUAUUUUUUUUCUUAAUAUAUAUAUAUUAGUAAGCUUCAGUCAUUGUUGCUUUUUUGCACAUGUACUUCACUCCUCUAUAGUGCAAUAUGUACAUAGAGCACUUGCGGGUUUAAACCUUGACCCCUCAGGGAAAAAAUACUUAUUUGUUGUACAUAAUUUUUUUUGGCCUUCUUUUUUGCUAAGGAAUGUCGAUUGAAUCACUUGUUGUUGUCAAGGGGCAGCCAGAUAAUAAUCCUAACGCCACUGCCAAAAAACAUUGAUCAUGUAAUCAUUCAUGCCCUGCCAUUCUCAAUGAAAAAUUCUGACAGUUCUUUGUGCAAAUUGGGGAACAAAAGGGGUAUAUAAGCACCUUAUGAUUGACUUAACUGUGAAUGACAAUCCAUCUUGUUAUCAAUAAUAGAUGCCCGAUCAUUUAGAAGUUGGGGUUAAAAAGUCUGAAAGAAAUGUGCUCAGGGAUCUUGUAGAACUCUUCAACAGGGUGGCCAGUACUUCUGGGACAAAUUGCUUUUCAAAAGUUUCAUACUAUCCCUCCAUUGCACAACUGAACUGGGCAGAGACAUUUUUUAUCCAAGUGAAUUUCAGUUGUUAGGGUUUCCAGACCCUAUACUGCUCAACUCUUUUAAGGAUUGGCACAAGACAAUAAUAAUAAUUCCAAUGCUCUGAGUAUUUUGUUCAAUGUAUUAGAGAAGUGAGCUUGUUUUGGCCCAUGAAACAAAAUACUUUAAUUUUAUUUCAGAUAGCCAGUUCAUAAUGUUUUAAUCAUACUCUUCAAUACUUCUAUAUGUCAUCUUGGGACCAACUACAUGUUAUGCUUACUGUGAAAAACCUUUGAUUUUUGUUAAUUAAAUUACAGGCACGAAGAAGUGCAUAAAUUCAAACAUAAAUGUACCACAUGGUGACAGAAGGCUUAUGAGAACUGCUCCUCAUGCAUGGCAAGGGGCUGGUGCCAAAGGGAUCCUCCACCCCACCCAUUGAAACUCAUAGCCAUAUAGGAGGGGCAGUUUCUAUUCUGAUCAAAGCUGGGGAAGAGAAGAAGUAAACCUCCUUUCACUAUGUGUUAUGACAGGAAUCCUGCAUUCCUCUGCAUCUGUAAUUUAAGUAACAAAAACAUUGCUGCAUAUUAUACAAUAAGCAUAGCAUGUAUCUUGGGCCUGUAUCUUGACCCUUGUGGUUCCGGCCAACACAGAGGCUUCUGGGGCAGAAUUUUAGACAACGCUGAAAAAGCUGGCAAUACACUAUUUUCCAAAGCAAAUGUGCUGUAAAUUUUCUAAAUUUCUAUAAUAAAAAAACAUUGGGUGCCAAUACACUUUUAGACACAAUGAAGCUAAAUUUGUAUUUUUAUGUAGUUUAUUGUCAGUAUUUUGCAGUGCAGAAUUAAUCCUCAGUGUUUAACUGAGUUUAUGUUAUCCUUAAAAACUAUUGUUAUAAGCUGCUGUUUUAAUGAGAGCCAUGCAGUUCAGAAUAAAUUGAAUAAUAUUCUGCCCAGAACAGGUUAUUAAACUCCCCCACUGUUGGUGAAUGUGCUUUACUUUAACAAAAUAAAACCAAAAUUGGGAGGAAGAGUAAGCUGCAUGAUAACAAUCCCCAUAUAAUUCAGUAAUUACUAUAAAUAUGUAGAAGGUAGUAUAGUGCUGCCACAGUGCCAAACCAUAGGGCAGAGUAUUUAAAAUGUUCUAAAAGGCCCUAAUAGCAGUGUGGAAGGAAAGCUGCAGUUCUAAACCCAUGCUUUUGCUUCUGGAGGGGAAUAGGUUCUACUGGUCUCCACUGGUCACUACUGCUGACAUCAGCUAAUGGAGGGCUCCAAAAUGGAACAUUUAGCGGGUGGAGCAGAGCUGGGCUGGCCAAAGUUUUGUUGAAUCCUAAACUGCUCCAAUAAAGAGCCCAAUUAAGGCCACUGCUGUGCCAGUCUGGUCCUGGUGCAGCAGAAAAGGUCUUCUUCUUCUUUGGCGAUCACUCGUAGCUGAGUAAGAUUGUCUUCCAUAAACAGUUUUAACAAUGAGUCCGUGAGGGACUGUGGAGGCCGAUUCUGGAUCCACAUGUUCUUCCACAGUGGGGGACACUGGUUUCCGGGCGGGAGGUAGUCCCUCCACAUUCUGUUCUGGCUGGCAUGAGCUCUGCCACUCCAUUCUGCCAUGCUGCUCCCCAACCAGAGUUGGAAUUGCUCUGCUAAGCUUUCCUUGAUGGGUGGCAUUUAUGCCUCUUUCCAUGUUUAUUAAAAGCAGAACAAGCAGUAAAAGAAACGGAACUUAGGUAAGAAUUUAAGACUCACUCUGUUUAACAGUCAGGCCAAAGAGAAGUUGAUUUCAUCAUCUCAGCUAAGUGGUUGAAUGCCCUUCUCUAACUGCAACACCCCCAUUUAUGUAUCAUGUGUUCUACGCAUGCUUUCUUUCCUAAUUGCUACAACAUUGCAAACCAUUUUUAUUUUUAUACAGAAGUAACCACCGUUAAGUAUAUAUAAAGCAUCCAUUGCAUGUUCUGUUGUGCUUACAUCCUGGUUCUCUUCUAAGACUAAAAAGUGGUUGUUUGUUGAAAGUAUUUUUUUCUUUCUUUCUGAUUUAUUAGCAGCUUAAUCCUUCAAAAUGAGACAGCUUUGUAAGAGGUACUCACAAUAUUUUCAAAGCAGUGAGCCUGUUUGUAAAGUGUAACGGAUGAUCAGAAAAUUACAGGGUGAAAUAUGUACAUCUAGAAGAGAUUAUAAUCCCAUAAAGCUGAACUAAUUAGAAAGCAUAUCUACGGUAAUUUUUAUUUUUAUAUUUGUUCCUAAGUGUCUGUUCUGUGUGCGCAGUUUAUGUAGCUUGGGAAAUAUUAAUGGACCAGUGCCAAUGCAAAAUUGUAUGCUUUUUCUGGUUAUGUGAUUGUCCAGAUUUUGAGUGUCCAGUAAGGGACACAUGAUUGCCAUGUGAUCAUUCUGGGCAAAGCUGAGUGCAAAGUAUUCUUGAUGCAGUUUUAAGGCAAUAAUUUUGGAAAGAAUUGGAAAGAUUCAACCAUGAGCUCUAAUAAAAGAUUCCCAAAUAUAUGUAAAUAUGGAUAAGCAUUGACAUCAUAAUUGUUUCCUGCCACCUCUUUCCCUUGGAGAUAAAACUACAGAUUUAAUGCCAAAGCUGGCUCCUUGUACGUGGGUGUCCAAGGCAACUAUUUGUGGAUGGUUUUCAAUUCCCAGAUUAUUGCCUUAGACACAUCUAUAAACUUGAAGAAUUGUUGUAAAAUAUUUGGAUGAUCUGUUAAUGUGUUUGACGAAUCAUUUACUUUGAGGUCUUCACACAAUUAAUCAUUUUUAUCAAGUCAAACACAAUUAAUCAAACUCAUCUGUACAUUUACAGGGCCAGGCUAUUUAGAAGUCAGAUGUCUUAUGACAAAGUAUUUUUAAAAUAAUCCAAAUGUUAAUACAAUGUGAAUAAAUUUAAAUUUUGUGCCAUUUACAUUUUUUCAAUUUAAUAUUUCUGGUAAAGUGGUGAUUAGGAAUCAAACCAAAGCCUUAUACAAUCAACCAAUUAAUUACUAAUUGAUUAAUGAUAUUACAAAUAAAGAUUUGAGAACAUACUACUAUACUGCGAAUUCUUAGAGGAAUGUGCAGGUGUCACAUUUAUAAUUUGUCAUGUUGAAACUAGCUUAUUUGUCUACUUUUCUAACUAUUUCGAUAUAUAGAGAUCUAGGAAUAAAGGAAGAUGUUGCUUUACAUUGCUUUAUGUAUAUAAAUGUGUCAAUUAGAUUUUCACAUAUAUUGGUAGCAGGACAUAAUAGUUCCUCUUCAGAGCAAUAAAUAAACUUAAUCCAAAUAUAAAAUUUUAGCUCCUGUGCAUUGAAGCAAUGUGAAUCUGAAAGCCAAGAAUCAUUAUUUGUCAUUCAAUUUUUAAUUUUUCCUGCUGUGGCAUUCACUUUAUCUUUACUGUUCGUCCCGUUGCCCCUUAAGAAUACUUCUUUUAAAAGGGAAAAAAGAAUUGAGCACAUAGAAUGCUUUAUACUACAUCCUUAUUUUGUGCAUGUGUUUACUUUGCACACUUGAACUUUCCCAUACUCCUUAGAAAGUUUUACUGAAGAUGCAUAAAUGUACAGGACCCUGCAAUCUGUUUGCUAUUCUCGUAUUGAAAUGCAGAAAAUUCAUAAGCAAUAUAGUGAAUAUUAUUUCACAAACCACAGAGGUACUGUAUAUAUAUUUUCCUAACUCCAAAAUUUUCUAUUUUGACUCAACAAAUUUGUAAAAAAAAAAAAGCCCCAGUGGUAACUCUUUUGACUAUUAGGACAUUAACUGGCUGCUUCUUUAUAUGUAAUUGUAUUGUCUGCCUGCUCCUUUUUCGGAGAUGUGUUUUUGUAUGGAUGUUUGAGCCAAAUGGGAGGCUUCAAGCUAUGAUGUAUUUUCCCAGUUUAAAUAUAUUUAACAUAUGACAAACCCCAGACAAGGCUUUUAAUAAUGUAAGAAGAACUGCAGUGUUAGGUGGUUUAUUUGCAAACUUUUCUCAGUGCUAUCCAUUUUAUGGCACCUUUAACAAUAUACUUGUUUCCAAAGUACAAAAUAAAGGUUAAAAAAAAUUUCUAGCCAUAACUGAAUGUUGAGCAAUAAAAACAAUGACUUUUUGUGCAUAGAUUUAAAAGAAAUACAAAUUUUAGACAUCUGCAUGUAAAUGCAAAUAUCUUGUUUACUGCUUUCUUAAACUUGAUCAACCAACUCCUUGUUUUACUACUAAUUUAAGGACUUGUAAUGGCCUGUACACAUUUUCUCUUGCUCUAAUUCUUAUGUCAUCUUUGUCUCAGCUUCUGAGUCAUACUCUUCAAUGUUGUUCUGCUCACCUUUUGUAUGGUUAUAACUAUUUUGCUUUCAUUCUCUAUAGAUAAAAUAUACUACUUUAAAAGCCUAUGCGGUGCAAAUAUUUAUCUGUUUAUCAAAUACCACAUUACACUGUAUAAUAUCUGUUUUACUAUAUACUCUAUUUUAGAAAUAGCUGUUUAGAACUAGAGUGUGCUAUUUUUGUGUUUUUCUGAUGUGUGGUGCUAGAUAAAAGUUAAUUUUAUGAACAAAUCUCCCUUUCCCAUUUUACUCCUAGGCAAUACCACAUUUGGGUCUUGUACUAUUUCACUGAAUAUCUGUGUGCUAUACAUUUACACACAUGGCCAAUCAAGUACCUGUAUCAGAGUACCUAGACUGGGGACAUGUUCUCUCUGAAUAUAUACUAUCAUUCUAUAAAGUUCUCUCUAGCAUAUUUAAUCAGGAAAAAAAUAACUCCUCAGUAAUGAUAUUUGAUAUCCUAUACUGAUUCUUCUUUCUCUCAUCUACUUUGUAACCGCAACACAUUUUGGUUAUCCUUUGGCACUGUAGUUCUGAAACAAAGUAUGCCAAGGAGAACCCAAUGGUUUCAGUUUUGUGUGUCAAACUACUUUUUUCUUUAAUGUUUUAAAGUACUAAAAAGUAGUCCUUCUUCCCCCCACAGAACAUUCUAAAUUCUUCAGUGGUGCAAUUCAGCAUCUCUGGAAUCAUAUGGGGAGGGCUACCGUAGGGUGGUGCUGUGGGUUAAACCACAGAGCCUAGGGCUUGCCGAUCAGAAGGUCGGCAGUUCGAAUGCCCGCGACAGGGUGAGCUCCUGUUGCUCAGUCCCAGCUCCUGCCAACCUAGCAGUUCGGAAAGCACAUCAAAGUGCAAGUAGAUAAAUAGGGAAGGUACAGUGGGAAGGUAAACGGCGUUUCCGUGUGCUGCUCUGGUUCGCCAGAAGCGGCUUUGUCAUGCUGGCCACAUGACCUGGAAGCUGUACGCCGGCUCCCUCAGCCAAUAAAGUGAGAUGGGCACUGCAACCCCAGAGUUGGUCACGAUGACCUAAUGGUCAGGGGUCCCUUUACCUUACCCUAGGGGUACAGUUAUAUUCUAUUGGGAGGGGGAGAAGUGGAGCCCCUAGGAGAAUCCAUGUGAAAAGAUGGUUCUGUCUUGAUUCAAGGACUUGGGAGAGAAAAGUACAAAUUAGGUGCAACAAAUUAGGAGUAACACUAGGUGAUCCACAACAAUGAACCCUUAUGUUUGGGUUAAGACACUUGAUGGGCCCAAUAAUAUUACACCUGGGACUGCCAGAAGGCAUUGAUUGUAUGAACUGGUGCAUAUAAAUGGGUCAUAUAUGUUGCCUCACUAUAUCAGUGAGGCAUGUAAUACAAUUAUUGACUCAAUGUUAGCCCACUGGUGACCCCUUACACUCCCACAAGCAGUUGUGCAGGGAUUGACCACUGUCUGAACAAGAAUCAAUAUUACCAAGGAGUAUACAAAAAAAUCUCUAGCUAUUACUGUGUUAUCAGUAGUAAUUAUCAAAGAAGGUAUGCACCUUACCAAAAUAAACUUGUCGUUUCAAUAAAGUUAGAAUGUCUGUAUUUCCAGUUCUGUGUUGCUCUAGAUUGCGCCAAUACAACAGUUAGCAUGGCUACACUGUGUUAUGUUCUCUUGGUUGCCCCAGCUUUUGUGGAUUAUUUUAACCUCACAACACUACAAGCAUGGGCCAAUGGGUUGCCAAUGGAAUUGUGGCCUAUGAUGCCGCAGGCUGGUUCUGCAAUCCUGGGCUUCCAAAGCGCACUUGGAUGCCAAUACAUCUAAGGGCUGACCCAUCCUUGCCUAUAAUUAUCAGUAUAUGCAAUAAAGAAUUUCCACAACAUGCAGUAAUACCAUUAAUACAACAAAACAGACACACGGCCAAAAGAGGUUUGGUCUCAGUUUGUAAAGCUUGAGAAACUUAAGCAUUGGUCAUACUAAAGGUGCAAUCAUAUGCACAUUUGCUUGGGAAUGUGUAUUUCUCUCUUGACUAGAAAUUUGCUAUAAAUUAAGAAAAUUAGAGCCAAAGAGUGAACUGGAAUAUGCACUUGUUGUUUCCAUGGCACCACAAAUUGCACAGCCUAAUUCUGAGCAGAAUUUGGCACCAUAAAGUACUGCAACAGUUGAAUAGUAACUUUUAAAAAAAGUACUUAAUAAUCAGACUAUUUCAGCUAGAAUUCAAGUCCUGUUAUUCAUUACCAGUAUCAUCUUUUGCAAAAACCUACUGGAUAUCAAAUAUCUAAAAUGGGGAACAACUGACCUUUAAAAUAUUUAUUACAACUCUUUUCUGUACUAUUACUGAAGCUGUAAAAUCUUUAGCAAAAUAAUAAUUGAGAAAUCUAAGAAGCUGUUUGUUUACCGCACUUUUUAAUAAUAGAGGAUAGUUAAUAUUAAAGCCACACGUCCUGGUUCCAUGCACUGCUUCUGUAUUUUGAUUUAGCAAACAAACCAUUAUUCUGGAAAUAAAUACAAAUGUAUUUAUCGGCACCCUGGCUAUAUUUUAAAGAAUAGAAAUUUUAAAUACAAACAUUUUCAGGAUAAUUGAUUUGAUUUUUUUUAAAAAAGAAAAGCUACAAUCUUCUUUAAAAAUGCAAGUCCGUGAUUGUUUUCUAGUCCCUUAUUGAUACAAUCCACCUCUUAAACAGAGAAUCUCUUGAUUUGUCUAAUAUGAGUGUCACAUACUUUAUACCAGUAAUGUUUUCCCUAAUUGUUUGGGCUUCAUUGUUUUAUAAAUUAUGCAAGUUUGUGUGAGUAAUGUUUCUUGUGUUAUUAAAUGUCUGAAGAAUAAAAAUAAAUGCUGAUUAUAAAUAUGUAUUGGUUUGAGGAUUAAGCACAUAAACAUCACCAACCUCACUGAGUAACAUACUCAGUCUUCUGUAAAUAACUACAAAUUAUCAUGAAUCUGUACUGUACAUGCAAAAAUGUGUUGUCUUACGUGUACAGUAUGUACAAAUUCAUUUUCUAGCUAUGACAAACGCAUAAGCCAUUGAGAGGAAUAUUAAAAGUAAUACUGUAAUAAAACUUCACUAAUUAUAUCUUCCCCUUUAUCACCAACUUUUUCACUUCUAUCAGAUCUUCUUUAGAGCUCACUCUUACACUUGUCAGCUUAGACUCAUUUAUUUUAUUCUGAUAUUGAACAAAGUAUUUUGAUUCAUUUUGUAAAUACAAAUGUAAAAAUAAGAGAUUUAAUGUUGUCUUUUAAAUACUCUUGAUUUUCAUUCUAAUAUGAAUGUUGUUAUAUUGUACUUAGAACCUGUACCUUUAAUAUUACAUUACCUUUAUUAAGUGCAUUGAACACAUCAAUUUUAGAUGUGCUUUAUGUACUGUUCUCCUGUAAUAAAACUUCAGCUUCUAAUGGAAAACUUGGUCACAUUCAUUUUUCACUUCAAGUACAUUAAGUGUUACUGGACUGUGGUGAGUGGACCCUGCCCUCAGGGUUAGGAUCUAAAAGACAGGAGCAGUAAUCCCUAAACAGUGUGCAGCCCAGGAUGCCCUAAGAAAACUGCUUAGAUUAGAAAACAGGCACCUACCAACAAGAGGCUGCUUGUUUUGUCUUUGCUUCACUGAUUUCGCUUUGCCUUCCUUCCAGUCAGUCUAUCUAUUGUUUCUGUUGUUGUUUAGUCAUGUCUGACUCUUCGUGACCCCAUGGACCAGAGCACGCCAGGCACUUGUCUUCCACUGCCUCCCGCAGUUUGGUCAAACUCACGUUGGUAGCUUCGAGAACACUGUCCAACCAUUUCGUCCUCUGUCGUCCCCUUCUCCUUGUGCCCCCAAUCUUUCCCAACAUCAGGGUCUUUUCCAGGGAGUCUUCUCUUCUCAUGAGUUGGCCAAAGUAUUGGAGUCUAAGCUUUAGGAGCUGUCCUUCCAGUGAGCACUCAGGGCUGAUUUCCUUCAGAACGGAUAGGUUUGAUCUUCUUGCAGUCCAUGGGACUCUCAAGAGUCUUCUCCAGCCUUCAUGGAUCACUGCCUUGUCGUGGCGAAGGGGCUUGAAUAAUUCAGAGAAGCUAUGAGCUAUGCCAUGCAGGGCCACCCAAGACGGACAGGUCAUAGUGGAGAGUUUUGACUAAACGUGAUCCACCUGGGGCAGGAACCGGCAAACCACUCCAGUAUCCCUGCCAAGAAAACUCCAUGGACAAAAACAACUGUCUAUAUGGGGGGAUAAUUCUGCUGUAGUUCUGAAUGCCAUCAUUCAGGCACUUGUAAUAUGCAGAAUUAUCCCUCUUUUUGAGAGGCUACAUGCAUUGCAGAAUAAUCUCCCAGUCUUCCAUUCAAAAACAUCGGAAGCUGCCUUUUAUCAAAUGUGAUCAUUGGUUCACCUAGCUCAGUAUUCUCUACAAUGACUCACAGUGACUUUCCAGGGUUUCAGGUGAGUCCCUGCCCUAUGUGGCAUUGCUGGAUUGAAUCUUGCAUGGGACAUUCUGUAAGCAAAGCAAGCACUCUGCUGUCAUGGAAUUCUACUCAUAUUGAUCCAGAGCAGAACUCCAAUGUAUCAUUAGCAGAGUAAAAACAUAAACACGUUGCAAGAUCCCCCCCCCCAAAAAACAUACACAGAGGCAAUUGUAUUUAAUCCAGCAGAGCUUUACUGCUACUGAAGGCAAAUGAGUAUAAUGCUCACAAAUCCAAUACAUUAAGGAUUGGCAUUGUCCAUAAGAAAUCCAGUUGCAGCAGACCUAACUUAAACUUACAAUAACUUAUAAUAAGCCUAAACACUACAUACAGAACACCACACCAGAAGGAAAGAGAGACAGAGAGUGAAACCCAGGCUCCUUCUGGCCUCACUAUUAUAGUCAGCAUGAGAAAGAGAUAACACAACCAGUUUGAACCAGCUGUACUCAGCCUCUCUGAAGGAAUAACCCAAACAUCAUGAACAUUCUGCUUGUUUCUUUCAACACAGAGAAGCUUCCAGAACCCUCUUGAAUUAAUUAGAAUAGGAAAGAUUUCUACACAUCAGAUCAAUACUUUCUGUACUAAGAAACACAAACUCAUCUACCAGUGUGGUAUGGCUCCUUGUUGUGCACACCUAAAUCCAUUAAUCACACAGAAGUUAGGUUAGCUGCCUUGAGAACAAGCAGUUCUUGAUUUUACACUCCUUAGAAGUAUAUAUUUUCAUGAAUAAGAACUCAAGUGUACUUCUAAACUGAGAGGCAGUAUGAUUCAGAGACUGCAGUUGGACAAGACCUGAUUCUACAUCCCACUUAGCCAUGAAGCUCACUAGGUGACCUUCAUCCUAACCUACCUCAUGGUGGAGAACUAUGUAUGUUGUCCUGAUGUCCUUUUAAAGAAAGGAAAGAUAAUAGGAUUAUACAAACAUCAUUUUUAAUUCAGGAAAAAGGUUAAAGAAACACUUCACUAGGUACCUACCGUAAGAGGAUUAGAGAGCAAAGAUAUAGAAAGAAGGCAAGAUUGUAUCUGAGAAAAUAAGUUUAUAAUCAAGUUGUAAAAGCCCAUUUUUCUCCCUUACUAACAUUCCUUUCAAGUCCUGUACUUAACUCUUAGAUUGGUAUUCAGCUGCCCGCACCUCAAAAUGGUCAGGUGAACCUCAAACAGGACAUAAGAAAAUAGAGUUGUAUCCAGUGUUGGCUUGUUUAUUUAGUUAGUUAGUUAGUUAGUUAGAAAAAUAUUUGGAUAGUGUUACAUCAUUUUAAAAAAUCAAAGCAGUUUACCACAAUAAAAACAAAGCCACACAAUAAAACCAUUAAAAGUCAUUAAAAAGUUAAAAUGAGGCAUCAAUUAACCAUUGUAGAAGGAUGUAAUCUAAAUAGCUUGUAUAGGUUUGGAAUUGAAAAGUUUUCAGCAGGCAUUUAAAAGUUGCCACAGAAGGUGCCCAGUGAAUCUCUAUUGGCAGAGUAUUCCACAGGACUAAGCCGAUGCCAUUACAGGCUUGCUUUCUCCUUAUCAAACGAGCCUCACCAAUGCAGGGAAUGACCAAUGGUGCAUAUACUCUGAGUAGACCAACUGAAGCUAAUAGACAUAAUUAAUUUGAAUGUGUUUACUCCAAGGUCUUAGUUGGAUUCACCUCUUUGGUCCAUUCAGCCAUAUUGUCUACACCAGGGGUCCCCAAACUAAGGCCUGGGGGCCAGAUGCGGCCCAAUCGCCUUCUAAAUCCGGCGUGUGGACAGUCUGGGAAUCAGCAUGUUUUUACAUGAGUAGAAUGUGUCCUUUUAUUUAAAAUGCAUCUCUGGGUUAUUUGUGGGGCAUAGGAAUUCGUUCAUAUUUUUUCCCAAAAGAUAGUCCGGCCCCCCACAAGGUCUGAGGGACAGUGGACCGGCCCCCUGCUGAAAAACUUUGCUGACCCCUGGUCUACACUGACUGAUGACUCUCCAGGGUCUCUCCCAGGCCUCCCUGCAGAUUUAACUUGGGGCCUUCUGCAUCCAAAGCAGAUGUUCUACUACUGAGUUACAGCCAUUAAUGUUGUCACAAGCAGUUCAUGUGAGAGACCCUCAAUCCUGGAGGCAUAGGGAGCAAAGAGCCAGAAGGCUGAAGUUGGUUCCUGAAGUCUGCCUGCCUCUGCACCUCCAGAUUGUACACCCCAGUGAACAGAAAACAUUUCUUGAGAUGCCCUCAUUUUGCUACUGCUGUCUAAAGAUGCAAUUAAAACCUGGGCUGCCAUUUAACACAUGGCAGUCAAGGCCGGAGCAAGAUUUGAGUUACAUGUUCCA